AUGUCGAAUAAGUACAUCAGUUGGUUAGAAGACUCAAUUAUUAAUGAACAUUUAAAUUAUUAUGAAUAUUCAGAAUUUAAUAAUAUGCAACAAAUAGCAAUAGGUGGAUUUGGAAUUGUUUUUCGUGCUAACUGGAAAAAUACUAUAUUUGUUCUGAAAUCUUUUAAUAAUGAAAAAUCAACACUUAAAGAAGUCGUUAAUGAGAGACCGCGAUUUAGUAUUAUUUUAAUGAAUUUAGAAAAUAAAUUUUUCUAUUAUGCAGAUCAAAUGAUUGAAAAUGUAAAUUUAUCGAGGAUUGCCUUCCCGGAUCUAUUCACGGAAAAUUGGAAUAUAAAAACGGAUCGAUUAAUUAAUCGAAAAUCGAAUUAUCCGAUAAUUUUAGCCGAAUCUUUGAAUGUUAUGUCACGUGAUCUGGAAAAAAUGUCUCACGAGAAUUCUUGUGGGAAACGAUUAAAUCGCGAUCAGUAA